GUUUCGCGCGAAACCCCGGCAGGAUGUCGGACUUUGUGCGCGAUAUGCGCAACCACAAGAUCGUCCCGGACGUGGUGCCGGUUCCUCCCGAAAGUCUGCUGCACGUGGUGUAUCCCGGCGGGUUGCGCGUGAAUCUCGGCAACGUGCUAACACCGACCGAGGUGAAGCACGUGCCGGAGGUAAGCUGGCCGGACGCGGAACCGGACGCCUACUACACGCUCAUCAUGACCGACCCGGAUGCACCGAGCCGUACCGCACCAAAGUUUCGCGAGUGGCACCACUGGCUGGUGGUGAACAUACCCGGGCUGGACCUGGCGAAGGGUGACACGCUGUCCGAUUACAUCGGGGCGGCGCCACCACGCAAAACGGGCCUCCAUCGGUACGUGUUUCUGCUGUACCGACAGAACGAACGGAUCUACUACAAGGAGUCGCGGCUUUCGAACAGGAGCACCCAGGGCCGGGGCAAAUUUUCCACGCACAAGUUCUCGGAGAAGUACGAGCUGGGGCUACCGGUGGCGGGCAACUUCUUCCAGGCCCAGUUCGAUGACUACGUGCCGAAGCUCUACCGUCAGCUGGGCCACUUUCAAAACGCAUUCUGAAGCCCGACGAGUCCCGUUUCGCCCCGGACCAAAACAACACGACGAACGGCGAACAAAGUUUCCUUCUUUCCCCGGUGGCUUCCUGCAGAAAGUGUGGUAAGGUCGUUAAACUUUCGUCAGCAUGCAACCCACGGCGGAAGGAAUGGAAGGAUCUUCGGCGGAUCUUCCCAAUGCGGCGUGCAGCUCGGGCUGAGAGGAUAAUGAUGUAGGUAUUGGUGGUGGAGCAGAAGAUGCUGUCCGUCGGUGCACAGCACAGCAGCAUCGGUGGAGGGCGAUCAGGAGCAAAAAGGGUGAGGAACGGGAGACAUCAACAUUACACCGAACGAAGGAACGAAUGUGAGUGGUUAGCAUAGGGCAGGAUACAUAGGACGCAGGAGAUGAAAAUAAUAACGUAGAGCCUGUUGUUUGUAUGUUGGCUGCAAACGACACCGAGACGCUGCAGGAACGAUCGAUUAAAGCGAACGGCACGGAUCUGUGCAUCUGUGGCUCACCUGUGUGCUGUCGGUGUGUGUGCCGUGCCAGUGGGGAACCUCUUCGGCCGAGAAGAGGGAAAGGGUCCCUGCCCCGGGUAUCCUUGACCAGGAAACGACGAGCGAAAGGAUUAUAAGGCAGAAACGAUUCUAUGUAAAACAGCAGCUCCGGUGGUGCUGCGUUAGUACGUAACCGAUUAGCAUAAGUGAGACAGCAAUCGCGAAGGGAAAUUCGUGGCACAGAAAAAAAAGGACAGAGAGCACGGUACAUUGCAUUGAACGGGAGCAGUGGAAAAGCCUUACGUCUCUUUGUGUGUGUAUGUAUACAUAGGCUCUUAAAAACGAUUUGUGAUGCGCGUACGACGGUCGCGGACGGCGAGGUAGGAAUCAAAUCCAAAAAAAAAAAACGGUGCUUGUGUGGCCUAUGCUGUAGUCUAACAACAGUUGGGGUGGUUCAAUAAAAAUUGCGACUUAUUUCCCCGGCGCACAUAUAGUCUGGUGGUUCGUA